AUGGCCACAGUGGCCUACGUAGGUGCAAUCGAAGGUCGACCAGAAGAUUGCUGGAUCGGGAUUGUCUACGUGGAGCCGAUUGGCAAGCACGAUGGAACACACAAUGGAAAGCGGUACUUUGAGUGCGCGCAGAACUUCGGCAGCUUCGUCAAGCCUUCAAAAAUUGUCGAAGAAAUGAGCUUGGAAGAAGCGCUGAUAGCUCAAUACGAGAGAAACACGGAAUUGGAAGAAAAAGUCGGAGCAAUGAACAGCUCAGCGUUGUUUUUGAUUGAAACGCCGACGACGGAGCUGCGUUCCGUCUCAAUAACCGAUUUUCCAGUAGUUUCAUUGUCAAGGGAAACGAUUCUCCAGAAAACUCCGAAAUGCCGCCACCUCGACAUUUCCAAUACAAAGAUAACUAGCUGGAAACAAGUUCACGAAUCAGUCGAAGUGACAGAAAUACGAGAACUCACAGCCUCUAGAAUGAAAUUAAACUCAGCGGGCAUGGAAAAUUUAGCUUUUCAGUCCAUCGACAGUUUGAUUCUCUGCAAUUGCGACUACGACGACGAAGAUUUAGCGCUUUUAUCAGCCAUGUUCCCAAAUUUGAAGAAGCUAAAUCUGUCGGGCAAUCGGCUUUCUCUCAAAGAAUCAAAAUGGAAUCUUCCUGGGAACUUAACAUUUUUGGAUCUGAGCGACAAUAAAGAAAUAAACUCGUGGGAGGAGCUUGUCAAUCUUCUUAGCAAAGUUCAACUGUCGCUAGAAGACCUCAACAUUAGCAACUGCUCUCUGCGGAACAUCACAAGUCAUGAAGCUCGCUUCCCGAAGCUCACGCAAAUGAUUUUGUCCGGCAAUCUAAUCGACAAUCUCGAAUGCUUCUCCAAUCUCAACGUCGUGAUGGAAAGCUUGACUCACUUGUCAGUAAAUAACAUUUCCACUGUGGGCGAAGACAACGACGACUCUCGCCAGGAAAUCAUAGCUAGAAUGGAGAAUUUGUUGUAUCUGAACAGAAGUUUCAUCCCAGCGACGGAUGCAGACAGCCUGAGCACAGGUGCAAAGCUAAACACGCGAAGAGGGGCAGAAAUCGACUAUUUGAAUAGAAAAGCGAACGAGUGGUACGCCCUGACUCCAGGGCCUUCGUCAGAGCAAUUUUACAAAACGAAUCCGAGGUGGAAAGAACUUGUUAAGAAACUGGGUGAGCCUGUGCAACAAGUCAAAAUGGCGACAACAAUGGAGUCAAAGAUGCUCAAGAUCAAUCUCAAGAGUAAAUCCGGCGAGUGCAUCGAAAAGGAGUUGAUAAAGACCACAAAAAUCAAGCUCAUUCAAGUGAUGUUCAAAAAGCUCUUUAAAGAAAAAGUAAAAGAUGGCCAGCUGAACCUGCUGGACGAUUGUGGCCGUGUUUUUGCCCUUGACAAGAGCGACUCUACUCUCGACGACGUAAACGCUGCUACUGGCGAUACCAUAUUUUCUUCAACCUGA